AUGUCACCUCCCCGGACGGCCCUCAUUAUGGGUGUCUCCAAUCAUAGAUCCAUAGCUUGGGGAAUCACCAAGUCAUUUCUGGAAAAGGGAUGGCAAGUUGUGUUGACGUAUCAAACGGAUGCCAUUCAAUCCAAGGUGGAAACCAGUUUGAUACCAAAAGUUGGUGGUGGCCGCGACGGCAACAAUGUAUUGGGUGGUUUUGCAUGUGACGUCUCGUCCCAGCAGACCAUGGAAACCACCUUGACACUCCAAUUAGCGGACCUGUUGAAAGAUCGACCCUUGGAUGCCAUUGUGCAUUCGCUCGCGCAUGCCCCCAACCUCAAGUUGCCAUUGUUGGAAACCAGCAUGGAAGAUUUUACAAAGGCACACGAAAUUUCUGCUUAUUCCUUAAUAGGAGUGGCCCGAGCGACUCAACCAUUUUUAUCUACGGCAAACAGCAGCAUUACCGCACUUUCCUAUUUGGGUGCGGUCCGGGCCAUUCCCGGUUAUCAUUCCAUGGGCCCGGCCAAGGCGAGUUUGGAGGCGGUCGUGCGUGGAUUGGCACUGGAAAUGGCUGUGACUCAAACAAGAGUCAAUGCAGUGAGCGCCGGACCCAUUGCUACACUUUCGGCCAAGGGUGGGAUUGCCAAUUUCAACACCAUGCUGGAGGAUGUGAAUCAACGAGCGCCAUUGGGGAAUGUCACGCAAGAACAAGUAGCUUCUACUGUGGAAUUUCUAGCAAGUGAAGGCGGGACAGGGAUUACAGGACAGACCAUUUAUGUGGAUGGAGGAUACUCAAUUGUGGGAGGUCCGGCAUCACCAUCACUGCCAUGA